AUGUCAGGGUAUUACCUCCUUCUGGACUCUGCAGAUCUCUCUGAAAGUGGGAUUGGUAUUAUUGAAAGCCAAACACUCACCUUCGGUCCCAACGCCUGCAUCAAGCUCUACUAUUACAUAAAGCAAAAUACAAAUACGACACUCAGCGUCGCGUUCGUUGACCCACAUGGUGCAGUGAUAGGAUCAUCCACAACGGUGACCGCCACCGCUCCAAGCGAGUGGACGCUGCUGUCGGUGGCAAGCAGCAGCCUUCCUCCUUGUUUCUCGGUUCUGAUCAGUGGCAAAACAGGGCUCUUCUCCAGUGAUCUUGCCAUAGAUGAUAUUGAAGUAAGCGAAGGCAGCUGCGACAAUGUCCCGGAUGUCACAAAAGUUCCAGAACCUGAACAAUCACUGCUCACGAGCGAUACUCCCACGCCAGCGCCCCCUACAAGCAAAGCGCCUGCUCCUUCUUCGCCGAAGCCACGCUUGGAGUGUCACAGUGGAGAGUUCGACUGUCGCGAUGACACUACCUGCAUUCCGGGCGUGCUCGUCUGCGACGGUGUCCCUGACUGCCCGAACGGGUUGGACGAAAAGUGCGGGAGGCCUAACAUUUGCACACCACAGGAGUUUCAUUGUAUGACUCGCUCUCCCUCCGACUGCCUUCCCCGCACGUUGCUUUGUGAUGGAAAAGAAGACUGCUUCGGAGGAUCGGAUGAAGCUCUGUGCAACGCGUGUCCGCACUUUCUAUGUCUCAAUGGUGGCCUCUGUGGAUUUGCAUUACGACAAAGUUAUCCAGUUUGCGACUGUUCCAAUGGCUUCGAAGGUCACCGCUGUGAGUUGUCCAUUCAAAGUACUUCGAAGGAGCACCUACAGACAAGCAAAGCACACACCACAGGCCCCAUUGUUGCAGGCGUCCUCGUCUCACUGGUGGCUAUUUCAAUAGCCGCAAUUGUAGUAUUUGUCAUGCUCAGAAGACGACGUGCAGCUCGUUUCAGAAACCCUCUUAUAUCAAUGGACAACCCAUCUUUUUCUUCCUUUCCCGAUUAAAACGGACAUUCACUGCAACAUCCUUGAACCUAUGCCCAAUCAGGAGGGGCUGGCCAUCGUCUUCUACUAUCGAAUAAAAUACCCCGCUUUUGAUGCCGU